UAAAAUGGCGAACGAAAUUUUCGAAGGCGAAAGUUUGAGCCUAGAACUAACUCGUUUUCUGGACAAAAAUGUUGGAACAGAGAAAUCAUCGGCAGCUUCCAUUAACUGUCUUCUAAAAGAUGUUUUGAAGAAGAAGAAAUGUUUGGAAACGGAGUUACAAGAGGCCCAGUGUAGAACACCAGAUAAGAUCCAGGAUGUGCUUGACAAAGGUUGCUCAGCAGUGAAUGAGGUAAAAAAUCUUCAGCAACAACAUGAGCAGCUUACAUCUAGAGUUGACAACCAUCUCAAGAAACUUCACCCCCUAGCAGAGCGUUUGUCCAGUUUAGUAAGUCAAAUUGCAGAGGUUGAGAGAUUCCGAGCAUAUGUGAGCUGGAUACAGAAGAUUGAGUCUGUCAGUUGUCAGAUUCACCAGUUUGUUGAAGCUGGGCAGUUGAACUGGGCGGUAGAACAGUUGUCAGUGCUGUCUGAGCUUGCACGGUUACUUAGUGAAUCAGCGUGCUGUAAUUUGACCAAGUUUGUGAAGGAAAUGCAGUUACAUUGGCAAAACAUUCUUCUCAAUAAGCUAGCAAGUGAAUUUGAUGAAAUCAUGAAAGCUCUAAAAUGGCCUUUCACUUCUCUCUCCACUGCACCUCCACUAUCCACAACAUCAGAUGAUUACAGCAGACUAGAAACUGUGUUUAUACUUUUGCUCAAAUUACAACAGUUCAAAGAAAUAUCUACAGGAAAUAUUUCUCUCAGUAGAAACAAAAGUGACAUCCUUCUGCCACUUGACUGGCUUUUGAAGCCUUUUAGGAAGAGAUUUCGCUUUCACUUUUAUGGGAAUAAACAAACAAACAACCCUCAGAAGCCUGAGUGGUAUUUUACACAAGUUUUAAAUUGGAUAAAGAAUCAUAGUGACUUUCUAGAGCACACAAUUCAACCCAUUCUUCAAAGGACAGAAUAUGAUUUUGUUCAUGCCAAGACUGAGUUUAUAUCUGGGCUAUUAAACGUUGUGGUGGAGAAGUUGGAGCACAGCAUCCAAAGUAUAAUUGAUGAUGAUGAUUCUUUUUCUCACUUUGUCGACGAAUUGUUAUUAUUCAACAAAGAACUUCACAUGGCUCACAGUUACAGCUCUACUGAACACAGCUGUUUGCACAUCCUAACCACUGAAGCUUGCUUGCAAAGAUGGGUAGAGUUAGAAAGAAAAUAUGCUGAGUCAAACAUGAAUUCAGUUUUGUCCUCCUCAUCAGCAUGGACACCAAAAUACAAAGAUGUUAGUGAUGUAGAUGACACACGAAUUCCUGAGUGUGCAGAAGGAUUUAUGACCCUUCUCUCUGUUAUAACAGAUCGAUAUAGAAAAUUACCAAAUGUGGAACAUCAGGAGCAGUUUCUAGAAGUGCAGUUAUUUCUUCUUAAGAGAUUUAUCUCCAGGUUGAUGCUUGAGGCAGAAGAAACAAAAUUUUCCCCUGCUGGACCUCAUUACUGUUCAGUUCUCAAUGCUGCUAAUUAUGUUAACCUAAUACUUCAAGAGUGGAGUGAGCAAAUGCUUUUCCUUAAACUCUGUGAACAUCGCAAUCCAUCUAUUGGCUAUGUAAAGUCUGAAGAUAUGUUUGGCUCCGAAAACCAUGUGGGAGAUGAUGAAGAACAUGGGGUUCCUUAUAUGAAAAGUGUAUUUGAAGAAGUAACACAAUCUUUACAAGAUUUAAAGGAACAUAUGAUCAGUGAUCUUGUAGAGCAUGUUGUAAAAGGAUUUAGGACACUGAGCAAACCCUACAAAAAAGAGAAGUGGCAUGCAUUUCCCUCUCCAAAGGAUGUUAUUCUCAUGACCCUGUCAUCAUCAGCAUGUGAGAUGUUAUUGUUCUUAAAGGGAAGGUUUCAAAUUCUGCAGGAACAGCUGGCAAGCACUAUUUUCAGUGCAAUAUGGAAAGAUCUUGCAAAGGCUCUAAACAAGUUUAUAUAUGAUGAGAUUAUCCUGGAGUGUCAUUUCAAUGAAGGAGGUGCAGCGCAGUUACAGUUUGACCUCACAAAGAAUCUUUUCACAUUAUUUUUGGAAUACACACAGAAACCAGAGAAUUUCUUUAAAGAGGUCAAGGAAGCCUGUAUCUUGUUAAAUCUCUUACCUGGAUCUGCAGUAUUGCUGAGGGAUUUGCUCAAGUCUUCAGGGAGUGACAACAGUGAAGAAGGCAUUUGUCCAGCAAGUGCUGCAUUACAAGACAUUGGGGUGUAUAGAUUAACGUCAGCAGAUGCACUGAAAAUUAUCAACCUUAGAGUGCAUUUGCCAAGUGUAUAACACUUGGCUUUCAAACAUAUUCAGAGGAAAUUUGUCUUAUUUGAAAAUAUCCAUACCAAGAGAUAUCUCUUGCUCCAUAUC